UAUGAGAGACGACCCAUGAAAGUAACAGUGCGCCUUCCGUCCACCUUCGUUGGCUUGUAGCGCGAUCGCCAGAUAGACUCAGCCAGUCGUAUACUUAUUGUCCUGGAGAACGGUGUGCCUCGUCCCGCAGGUACCAAUAGCGCCGCGUCGUCCUUCAGUAUCGUACAAGGUCGCGAGUGCAGCAACAAUCGCAUUUUGCCGCUGUGGCUCCGUGCAUCUUAAGCGGAUAUAUCUGAUGCGCGAUGUGUACAAGCUGAGGAUCUCCUGACUGAAAAUCUUGACUAAGUCAUUGGGAGACUAGACCAAGCGAUAAACAUGGACUGGGAGGUGCGAGCGGCAUCGCUGAUUCUCUGCUUGGGAAUUCUGCUCGCGACAAUACAUGAUGGAAUUGCCGAACGCAGAAUUGUCUGUUAUUAUACGAAUUGGUCAGUUUAUCGGCCCGGAACAGCGAAAUUCUCCCCUCAAAACAUAAAUCCAUAUCUUUGCACUCACUUAAUCUACGCGUUCGGAGGUUUUACAAAAGAAAACGCACUGAAACCGUUCGACAAGUAUCAAGACAUCGAGAAAGGCGGAUACGCGAAGUUUACGGGUUUGAAGACUUAUAAUAAGAACUUGAAGACGAUGCUGGCGAUCGGCGGUUGGAAUGAGGGCUCCAGCAGAUUUUCACCGAUGGUAGCCGAUCCUGCGAGACGGCGGGAGUUCGUCAAGAACGCUGUUAAGUUCCUUAGGCAGAAUCAUUUCGAUGGUCUCGAUCUCGACUGGGAAUAUCCAGCGUUUAGAGAUGGCGGAAAACCGCGAGAUAAGGACAAUUACGCCGACUUGGUGCAGGAACUUCGUGAGGAGUUUGAGAGAGAAUCUUCGAAGACCGGAAGAUCGAGAUUGUUGUUAUCGAUGGCGAUGCCCGCCGGUGUCGAAUAUAUCGACAAAGGUUACGACGUACCCAGACUAAACGAAUACUUGGACUUUAUUAAUUUACUCUCUUACGACUAUCACUCGGCAUACGAGCCCGCUGUCAAUCAUCAUUCACCAUUAUAUCCCCUGGAGGAGGACAACGAAUACAAUUACGAUGCGGAAUUGACUAUUGAUUACACAAUAACUCAUCUCUUGGAGAAAGGCGCGUCCGCAGAUAAGGUCGUUCUUGGAAUACCAACAUAUGGUCGGUCGUAUACGUUGUUCAAUCAAGAUGCAACCGAACUCGGGUCGCCAGCGGAUGGUCCUGGUACCGAAGGAGAGGCCACUCGAGAGAAAGGCUAUCUUGCCUAUUAUGAGAUUUGCGAGAGUAUAGCAGAUUCUGACGAAUGGGAAGUUGUUCAAUCAAAUCCAAAAGCCAUGGGACCAUACGCCUUCAAAGGCAAUCAGUGGGUAGGAUAUGACGACGAGGACAUAGUCAAAUUGAAAGCUCAUUAUGUGAAUGAGAAGAAAUUGGGAGGCAUUAUGUUCUGGUCGAUAGACAAUGACGAUUUUCGUGGGAAAUGUCACGGUCGACCUUAUCCAUUAAUUGAGGCUGCCAAAGAAGCGUUGCUUACAGAUAAUAGGAAUAUAAUCGACAAGGCGAAGUCAGAUAGUCGGAAAAAGAACCGCAUUCAAAAUACGCAAAGCAGUCGUAAGUCGAGUAUAAGCAACCGAAGAAGUAGCACUACGUCUGCUCCGAUUAUCAGCAAACGUGUAUCCUCUUCAAGACCAAAAUAUCGUACCAUUUCACAAGCGAGUAAGGAGGAACAGGAAGAUCGGGAAGUAUCUAGGAGAUCAUAUGAUCCAUCAUCAGAUGAAGACGCAGAGGGUAGAAACACUGUAAGAGUCACAGAAAAAACCGAGCGACCGAAGAGUCAAAACAGGAGUAAAACGCAAAGCGGUGCUGCUGAUCGUACUACCCGUAGAAAGCAUUUCAGACGUAAGGGACAAAACAGGACUGGUGAGAAUGAGGAAUCCAUAAGCAACAAGCUAACGACUCCCGAACCACCAACUACACCUGAUCCAGGAACCGAUUUUAAAUGUGAGGAUGAAGGCUUUUUCCCGCAUCCUCGUGAUUGCAAGAAAUAUUUCUGGUGUCUUGAUAGUGGUCCUAGUGGACUUGGCGUAGUUGCGCAUCAAUUCACCUGUCCAUCAGGAUUGGUAUUCAACAAAGGGGCAGAUUCUUGUGAUUAUCCGCGUAACGUAAUUUGUCCCAAGACGUCGAAAACAUCGAUCGUCUCUACCACUAGAUCGCCCAUUACGGCCGCGACAAGUCGAACAACUUACUUGCACAGCACAACAACCGCAAAAGUGGAAUCGGAAGAGUACGAUUCAGAAGAAGAUGACAAUCUAGAAGAAGAUGAUGAGAUCGAGGAAAACGAAGAAGUGGAAGAAGAGGAGGAGGAGGAGGAGAAAAGUAAAGAAGAACCGGUGACUACUACGACAACGAGACCGCUCGUGUAUAAAACACUCACCAGAAAUAAAUCAAGUACCACUACUACAACGACUACUUCGAAACCAAGUGAACCAGAAAGAGUUGACAGCGAAGACGAGGAAGAUCCAAAGGUUAUCAAAGAACUCAUCGAUCUUAUCAAAAAAGCUGGCGGAAUAGAAGAGUUGGAAAAACAAUUGCUAUUUCAAGAAAAGAGUUCGGAUACCAAAUCAGACAGCGAAAGUGUCACUCCGGCUACAAUUAGUCGUAGUUUAUAUGAACGUGUACUAAAUCGUCAAACGAACAGAAUUGGUAAUCAUCGACCCGUGUUAUCAUCCUCAGAAACUAGUUACGUGAACGGGCCAGGAAGAGCACAGUUCGAAGGUUUGGACGAUAUCCCUGAAGUGAAGAGUCUCAGACGUUCACAGAAACCUCAAUAUGUCACCAUCGAAAGAUCCAAAUCGAUCACGAAAGAAUCUUUAUCCGAGAACGAAGAUAUCAAUGAGGACGAGGAAGAUAACACUGAUGUAGCUUCCUCUGAGGGAAAAAGUAUCAGUAACCCGUUAGAAGAUAGCUUAUCCAUUCAACGAGUGACGCCAAGUUACGUAAAUAUUCGACGAACGCGACCGUCUACCACGACGUCUAAAAUCGAGAAUGACGUGGAAGGGAAGGAAAUUGAAAUUGAGGAGGAAAAACCGACUCGCAGACGACGACCGAUCAUUUCUUCAAAACAACAUGAUAAUGAAGCAAACUCUGAAACGUCUAAACCUUUUCGAAAUCGUGAUUCAGGUUUCAUAAAAUCAGAGAAAAGAGAAGAUAAAAGCACGAAUCAAUCAGCAGACAAAGACAAUGAUUCAUCAACAACCAAAACUAGGUACUCCAACAUACAAAGAUUCAGAAGUACCACUUCAAAAACUUCGGAAGGGUUGUCUAGCAUAAUACCUUUAUCGGAGAUUAGCGAGACGACUUCACCGAAAUUAGAGGAGUAUCCAGAAGUAUCCAGGAAAACAGGUAGUACGACCGUUUCGUUGUCUACGACGCCUGCAACGACAACUUCGACUUCCACCGAGGUUAUCAUCACAAUUAGUGUCGAACCGCCAGAAAAUCCAUCUAAUGUUAGCUCUAGAGCGGACAUCGACUCCACCACUGACUCGAUGAAAUUGGUGGAAGAUUCGGCGACGGAGAUCUUAUUUACAACGUUGCCGGCAAUUAGCAGUAGUUCAAGCCAGUCGACGACGACAACAACAACGACAUUAGCAAGCAGAUCGACGAUCGCCGCGGUGUCGCAACCGCGACCGUUCGGUUUUACCAGACGAAGAUCCGGUUCAUUAGAAGCGACGACGACGGCUACGACCCCAUUGAGCAGGUCCAAGGUGAGUAUUACACCGCGAAAUUCUACGCGUCCGUCCAAUCCGGUUCUGGGGCGAGUUCGAUUAAGGACGAAACCAGUCAAACGAGUUACCGAGGAGGAGUUAGUGGAUCAAGUGGACAUUCCACGUGCGGAGACUUCCACAUCCAGAAGCAGAGACCUUAGUAGAUCACGUGGCAGAGGAUCCAGCAGGUACACUCCACCAACGUCGAGAUCAAAGACGCAAGAUGUUUCCGCGAACUCUGUCCUAGGCCUCAGAUACAGAGAAAGAGACAGAACAACAGCUUCAACUACCGUUGGUACAGUUACCAUUGAUGAUGUUAAGAGAAGAUAUCGAAGACCUAGCAGAGUCAAUAACCCAGAAUCUAUUAAAGCCAAUGAAUUGGAUGAUAGCCCGAUAGUAAGAAUAACACAAGGUGGUUCUAGAAAAAAUCCGUUAUAUCAAUCGCGAUCUGACGAGGAGAAUAAUAAAAUAACGAACAUUAGGGUAUUUAGAAAGCCGACUGUUAAUCGCGAGUUGUAUGAUAGAACAAAGUACACGAGAAAGAGAAACAACGUGGAAGAGUCGUUGCAAAAAGUAAACGAUGACUUGAACCAAAAACACAUACCAUCGAUAACAGUAAAAGCUUUUAGAACAGGUACUUCUGCGGAAACUGACAGGAUUGAAAGAAACAAUUUAUUGAAUGGCGUUGAUCAAUCAACCGCAAAAAUUGAUUCCGUUGUUGAAUCCAACACUAUUCAGCCGAUCUAUGAUUUGAAACCAAUCACGCAAAUUGAUAUAACAACUGCAUCUAGCAAUAAAGUAGAUGCGAGCAAUCAAUCCAAAGAUACUGUUGCCACAACGACCAUCGAAACUCAUCAAUUUAAUCCCGAUUUGGUAACGAUCGUUUCUACUAAACGCGCCUUUGAUGUUGCAGAAAAAACAUCAGGAACGCCAAGAAAACGAAAGAUUUUCCUAAGAAAGAGACCGAUAUCAUCGAGCACAGUUGUUAAUAUUAUUGAAACAGAAGAAGAGGAAACAUCUCAAGGGCCUCGCAGACGAAAAGUGAUAAAACGUAAACGUCCGCUUCAAAAUACUUCAACAUCGAUUGAAGUUUCCCUCGAAGAAGAAGAAGAUUCGAGUCUUUUUUUAAAAUCGACGACUCCAAUGGGAAGCGAUAAAGAUGUUGAAAAAUCAACAGUUUUUAUUAAUCAGACAGAGGUUACUUUAAUAAGCCAAAAUACUGAAGAAUCGACGAUUGCUACUGGUUUGACCGAACUUACGAAAGAAAUGGAAGAUUCGACUUUGACUGUCACGGAAACCACUUUGUCUACCGAUUACAACCCUGAUGAUUUCCCGAAGGUUACUUUGGAGACUCCCGCGAUUGAAACCACGACGAUAUCAGGCAAAGAAGUUACAGAUAUUCUCAGCACUGCUACUAUAUCAACAAUUAACACAGAUGCUGACGAGGUUCAGCGGUCAACGUUUGAAAUGGAUACCGGAGUUACUACAAUUGAAUCAACGUUGGCGACAGCCACUACUUAUAACACUGAAAGUAUGUUUUUAGAAGAUGCAUUAAUACCGUCUACUGAAGCUGAGAAUUUAUUCACUACUAACGUGCAAAUAACCACCACGUCGGAUUUAGAUUCAGCUACCACUCGUACUCAAGCAACUACUACACCAUUUACGACGGAAUCAGAUUCAUUUUCAGCUGCAAGAUCGAGUUUUGAUUCGAGAUUUGCGCGUAAGAAGUUCAUUCGCAAGAAUCCUGUAUCAUCUUCAGAGAACACUACCAACCAAUACAUUCCUGCGCUGUCAUCAACGGAAAACAGCCUCGAGAUUCUCUCAAAACGUAAAAACCACUUAUUUAUUGGACGUCAUCCAGUUUCUUCUAGUACCGUUAAUAUAUUUUACGAUGAUCUUAAAUAUAAAGAAGAGAAAGAAGGAGAAGAAAAAGAGAAUACAAGCAGAUUUCGUGACUUACCUAGACAGGACGUUGUAAAAAGUACGACUCUGAGAAACAAAUCGAUUUCGACAAAUGGUUUUUCGGAUGACGCCGCGGAAUUCUGGAAACAUUACACCACGACUUCGUUAAGAGAUCAAAUAAAUUAUUCUUCAGCUUAUAUUGAGGAUGUUGAAGGCCGUAAAGUCGCGAGAACAGAGUUUACAGAAAAUAAUACGUAUCGAUUAACACCGAUUGUUACUCGCGGACCCGAGAUUCGGCCACGAUACAAGGUUCCAAUAAUAUUGAAGAGGCCAUUCGAUCCCGAAGAAGCUUUAUCGCCGAGGCGAUAUCCUCCAUUAGAUUCUGCACCUGAAGAAUCCGAGGAGACGCCAGAGACGAGGGAUGCCAGGCUGAGACAAUCCGGCUUCCGGCAGCCGCGAAUGCGUUAUAAGCUUCUAAAUCGGAACAAUGUUAAAAUCGAAGAAAAAACUACACAGCCGAGUCCGGAAUCUACGAGCACUUGGCAAUACUUCAGAACACGUUCGUAUCCAAAACGUACGUCGACUAGUACGGAAGCGGCAGUCACGGAGACUCUGAUACCGAUGAAAAAAUUUGAUUACGUUGCGGAUGCUUUCCAUCGGAAACAGCAAUCACUGAGAACAACGACGCCAAGGAGCAACGAUUUUUUUGACUCGCAAAAUUUAAUUGAUCCAUACUAUACGCAUACCACAAUAAAACCAUCCGUAACUAGAUUGGUGACCUCAGUAACAGAGUCCGGCACCACGGAGCGCCAGAAGAUCCUCAUCAAGACCAAGUAUUCGUCACUGACCUCGACCACGAGGAUACCAGCGGAUCAAUUCUCUCCAAUGACUCCAUCGUCAACUUUGGUGACUGGAGUCAACGAUGACACUGCCAACGAAGUUCGUCAUGGUGUCGAGCGAUCCACCUUGCCCAUCGAGGGCGAGUUCAAUUAUCGUUACGAUGAUCGAUUCACUACAGAAUCUUAUGAGUCUUCGACUAUUGAGAUCGAGUCAGUAUUCAGCAAUCUGAUCGCCGGCAAGGGCUCCGCGAAAUAAUAGUAUACGAAUGUCGUUACUAUUUAUCAAUGUAGUCAACGAUAAUGUACAUAGAUCCAGCCAUUAAGUAAUUAAGAAAUCAAUUGCGAUCGCCGAUUUAUCGGAAGGAACGUUAAAAUGUUAGUAGACAUUUAAAGAUCACUAAUGUAUAUAAUACUCUUAACAAAUUUAAUUAUAUUAUAUUUAAGAUUGUUCUAUGAAAUGGACAUUAAAUAUAACUAUGUGAAUCAAAAGGAACGACAAGGACUCGUUAUAGCUCACGACGACCAACGACUAAAUAAUCGUCUUCAUGCAUCAUCCUCACAUCAUCAAUAAUGACUGAAUCAUAACGAGCACUUUCUUCAUUCGCUUACUCAGAGGGGAACCUUUGACUGAAACCUCUGAUAACUUUCUCGAUGAUGUACUUCUACUUACCACAAAUACAAUAAUCAUUAAACACUAUCGAUGUCCUAGGAUGAUUCCUUAAUCGAUCCAAAUUAACGCAGCAAGCAAGACACGUUCGCGGCGCUUCAAUAGAUAACUAAAGAGACUUCCUCUUCAUGUUCCUUCUUUUUUUCCUCCAAACUGGCGCAGCUCACGCAUAGACAGAAAGACAGAAAGAAGAAGACUACAAAGAAAUAAGAAAUAAUAACUAUGAAGGGAGAGGACAAGGAGAAACAGAAGUCCUUGAGAACCUCCGUAUUAAAGCGCGCUGCAUUAUUCUGAUUUUCAGGUCGCCGAUUCGGAAGCUAUUAGGCUGCCGACUCUGAAGGAG